AUGCUAGAGUGCGAAGAAUAAGAUCAUAAUUAAUAAGAGAUAAUAUUAAUCUGUAUAAAUGUAGAUUGUUAAAUAAAAAGAUCAUGUUGUAUAGAUUGUAUUGUAAAACACAAUUCACAUAAAUAAGAUUUGAAAUCAAUUAAUUAAAUUACAAAAUGGAAAAAAAGUACAACUAAUGACUACGAAAUAUAUUAGAAAAAGAUUACUUAGAUUGUUGAAAUAAUGAGUUAAGCUCAAAAAUACGUAUCUUGUUUUGUUGAAGAUUUAGAAAAGUCAUUCGACGAAAUCAUGAUAGAAGAGUUUGAAAAAUAAGUUUGCAAUUUAUUAAGAAUCCAGCAAUUAUCAUCAUCCUUCAAUUAAUUAACAUCUAAUCUAGAAACAUUUAUGGAACCUAUUUCUUAAAUAUUUUCUACAGUUGAGUCAUCUUCAAAAGACAAAUGGGUUAAAGCUUAGCCACCUCUGAAUAUCACUAAAAAUUAAUAUCAAAAUAUUGCCUAGGAAUAAUCAAUACAAAAGGAAUAACAAAUAGAUUUUGAAAAUAAAGAGCCUAAGCAAGAAAAAUAAAUGAAAAAAUUCGAGAAUUUAGAUUUAAUAAGGAAAGAGAAUGGUUUUAAUAUUUAUCAAUAUCCUAGAUAUUACAAAUCAUCUAUAGAAUGUCUUGAAGAAUAUAAAACAAUAAUUUUAAUAGGAACUUAAAAUUCAGAUAAGUAAAAUUUAAUUAAUUUAUUUGUAAAUUAUUAUUAUGGUGUUGAGUUUUCAGAUAAUUAUAGAUUUGAAAUAAUGGAUGAUAUUGAUAUAUCUAAAGAUAGACAAAAUGAUGAAUAUUAAUAAAUGAAAGUCUAUUAUGUUACUCCAUCAAAUGGAUAAUCAGGACUUAGAAUUAUAUAUACAUUAGAUUAUAAUGAUGAUCUAAGUUAUGAUGAUUAAAACAAAACAGAUACAAUUUAAAAUGUAAUAUAUAAUUCAGCUUCACUUAAUCAAAAUAUUCUAAUUGGUUUUGUCAUUCCAUAACAAGUGUAAAUAGGAACAUUUUUUAUGUUGGAAUCUAUUUUAAGUAGAUUCCCAAACAUUUUAAUCAAUAAUAUACUCUUUUUAUUUCCAGAUUGUACAGAUGAAUUUCCUAAGUAAAAGCAAACAUUGUAAUCUAAAACAGAAAUGAUUAAUGGAAUACUAUCUCCAGUUUUCAAAAUGAUACCAACUAAAAGUAAUUUUUGGUAUCUCUAAUUUAAUACUAGUGUGGUAUAUUAAGAAAAUAAAAAAAAAUAGAAUUAAGUUUUCUGGGAAAUGGGAAAGAAUAGUUUUUAAUUGCUACUUAGUGAAUCUUUAUCAAAUAAAAUUAAUUGCAAUAUAUUAUUGGAGAUGAAGUGUAAGUAUGAUGAAUUUUUUAAAGUUAUUAAUUUCUCAAUGUUUACAGAACAAAUGAAGGAAAUGUUUUUAUUUUUGUAUAAAAGAGAGAAUUUUCAAAUCUAGUUUUUAUAGUAAUAUGAAAAUAUUAAACAAAAACUAGAAGACUUUCUAGAUUUUAGUAAGACAAAGACAUAAUAACAAAAUGGACCCAUUCAUUAUUUAUAUUAUUUCCAAAAUAAUGAUGAAGGUUUUAAAUAACCUAUUGAAAAAAUUAUGAAGGACUAUAACUACUUCAUAGAGUAAAAUAUUCAAAAAUUUCGUGAUUUCUAAAUCCUUAUAAAAAACAAAGAUGAUUAUAAUUAAGAUUUUGAGCAUUUUUAUGAAUAGUUUAAAAAUUUUGGAAGUUUUAUGGAGUAAUAAUAUAAGUCAUGGCAAUAAUAUUUCAAAUUUAAUUCAAUAUUAACCUCUAUAAAUCACGGUUAAGGAAAAUAUUAUGAACUUUUAAAUUCCAAAGAAUAAAGUUUAAUUCAAGAAGGGUGGCAAGAAAGAGCGAAACUAUUAACAAAAACAAGUAAAUCCUUUUAAUAUUUUGAUGGUCUCAUCAAAUUACCUAAUCUAGAGCAACUAAUAAAUUAAUGGUUUGAUUAAUAUUUUAGUGAAAAGGGGUGUACUAUUAAUAAAUAUUAUAAAAUUACAUGGUAGUUUACAAUUAGUAUUUAUUGGGUAUUGGAUGUUGUAUAAGUAGAAUUAUUUAAGAAUUAUCAACAAUUACAAAUUAAAAAAAGAAUAUCAGAAGAUUGUGAUAAGCAUUUUGACAAUUUUAUUUUAAGAAUUUUGCAAGAUAUAUUAAAUUGA